AACUUUCAGGGUGGAGUUUGUUUCGGCAGAGUGACUCAACACACCUUCGUGCCGCAUAAAACAUUAGAACUAUACGGUACUUCCCUGUUUGUCUUGAGCCUGUGGAGAGACGCGAGCUGACUUCUGGACAGGACAGCUCCGAUGGCGUCGACCGUGGGCCUCCUCCCCGAGAAGUCUCUGCUCUGCUCUCUGUGCAAGGACAUCUUCAGCAGUCCAGUCACCACCCCUUGCGGACACAGCUUCUGCCUGGCCUGCCUCAGCGACUACUGGACGUGGCACCAGUCCAGAUACUGCCCGUGCUGCAGGAGACUCUUCGCCAACAGGCCCGACCUCAGCGUCAACCGCAUCCUGGCCGAGAUCUCGAACAAUUGCAAGAAGACCAGACCGCAGAAACCACCAGAUGAAGAGACGGUUACCAAUGUAGACCAAAUGAUUCAAGAGAGGCUGCAGAAGAUUGAGAGGUUGAAGAGUUCUCUUGAACUCCAAAAGAGCUCUUACCUCAGAGAGGUGAGAGAGAGCCAUAAGGUCUUCUCGGCCCUCGUCCACGCCAUGGAGAAGAGCCACAAAGCGGUGGUGGUCGCCAUCGAGGAACGUCAAAAGGAGGAGCAGCAGAAUGUCGAGACCCUGGUGAAGGAGCUGGAGCAGGAGAUCCGGGAACUGACCAAGGAGACUGCGGAACCCGACUUUCUGGUUCCGGAAAAAAACUGUGAUCAGCUGGAUGAAUUCCAAAGAGACUCCACGAGCAUUGUACCUCCUGUGCAACCGGUCCAGUUGAAGGAUUGGUCCAUGGUUACCAUAGAAGCCGACCCUUGUGUCGGGGUCACCAGGAGAGGGCUGUCGGAAAUGAUGGCCAAGAUAAAGGUAGAAGUCAACAGGCUGUCCAAAUCAGAACUUAAAAGAAUUGAGAGAUAUAUUGUGGAUAUCAAUCUAAGCGCCAAGACGGCCCACCCCUCCCUCUCGAUCUCGGACGACAGAAAACAGGUGAGGCAGAGCGACAAGCGCCAUGAGGUGCCGGACCACCCCAAACGCUUCGAUCGCGUGGCCAACGUCCUCGCCAAGGAGAGCUUCAGCAGCGGGAGAUCCUACUGGGAGGUGGAGGUCGGCGAGAAGACGGAGUGGAGCUUGGGCGCCGUCCGACAGUCCAUCAACAGGAAGGGCCGCUUCACCGUGUGCCCGGCCAACGGUUUCUGGACUCUUAGCCUUAAGGCGGGCGGGCGGUACGUCGCCAACACCUCUCCGUCGAGCGCGGUGGCGGUGGAGCAGAGGCCCAGAAAGGUUGGCGUCUUUGUGGACUACGCCGAAGGCCGUGUGUCCUUCUACUGCGCCGAGACGGGCGUCCACAUUUACACCUUCAGCGACACGUUCUCAGACAGCCUCCACCCGUUCUUCUGUCCCGGUCACCUGCACGGCGGCAAAAAUGCUGACCCGCUCAUCAUUAGCUCCGGCUUUUGCAGCAUCUGA